AAGAGGGCGAAGGCGGGGUCACCGCCGUCUAUGGGCCUUCUGUGGUCAUUGAUGUGAGUGCACACGCCUGUCCUGGUCUCUUGGAAGCUUGAAUAACCUGGUCCCUGACCCGGGAGCCUGCGCUGCGAGCUUAAAUUGAGGGACAAUUCACAAGAAUACCAGUGUCAUGGAAACAACAACUUUAUACUGUGUAAGAAGAGAAUGCUGAUUGGUUGCUAAAGCAAAAUGGCUUUAGCAGGAAUUCGUGUAAUUGAGCUUGCUGGUCUGGCACCUGUUCCCUUAUGUGGAAUGAUUCUGGCCGAUUUUGGUGCCAAGGUAGUACGCAUUGAUCGAACAAGGACAGCUACAACUGAUGUGUUGGGUCGAGGCAAACGCUCAGUGGCCUUAAAUCUGAAGAAACCAGGAGGAGUAGAAGUGUUGAAGCAGCUUUGUAAUCAAUCUGAUGUUCUCAUUGAACCUUUUCGUACAGGCGUCAUGGAGAAGCUGGGUCUUGGCCCUGAAGAUAUACUUGGACAGAAUCCAAAGCUUAUCUAUGCCAGGUUGACUGGGUUUGGACAGAGUGGACUAUAUUCCAGAAAUGCUGGACAUGAUAUCAACUACAUUGCUGUGUCAGGUCUACUGUCAAAAUUCGGCAGAAAAGGCGAGAAUCCCUACGCGCCUUUAAACGUUGUGGCUGACUUUGCUGGAGGUGGAGUUAUGUGUGCUAUGGGUAUAAUCCUAGCUCUGUAUGAGAGAAUACAAUCUGGAAAAGGACAGGUCAUCGAUGCGAGCAUGGUCGAAGGAGCAGCUUACUGUAGUUCCUGGCUUUGGAAAUCACAACAAUUAAGUAUUUGGAAUCAGCAAAGAGGUGAAAACCUACUGGACACUGGAGCACCGUUCUAUGAAACCUAUAAGACUUCUGAUGGAAAGUAUAUGGCCGUCGGUGCAUUGGAGCCUCAUUUUUAUGACCAGCUGAUAGAAGGUCUCAGCUUGGAUUCCACCAAACUCCCCCCUCAGAUGAGCCAGUCAGACUGGCCAGAGUUGAAAAGAACUUUUACGGAAGCAUUUGCUGCAAAGAGCCAAGAACAGUGGACUAAGAUCUUUGAUGGAACUGAUGCUUGUGUGACUCCUGUUUUGUCUUUCCAAGAAGCUUUCAGUCAUCCACAUAAUCAAAAACGAGGAUCUUUUAAUACUGAUGUGGAUGGACAAGUCAGUCCUAGGCCAGCUCCUCUCCUGUCCCGGACUCCAGCCAUUAUCAGCUUAGAAAGAGACCCAGAAGUUGGAGAGCACACACAACUUGUGCUGACUGAAUAUGGUUUCACUAAAGAGCAGAUAAAUAAGCUGCAGUCUAAUGGGAUUAUUGAAUGUAACACACCAAAAUCUCAUUUGUAACAGAAAUGUAUGUGUAUUAUUUUAUAUUAUUAUGGUAAUAAAAUGUUGGUAAUGAGAAAAAUGAAAAAUAUAGUGGCAAAUCAUUUCAUUGGUACUAAGGCACAACAUUUUAUUACCAUAAUAAUAUAAAAUAAUACAAAUACAAAUCGAGAAAUUGAGCCAAAUGUUAUCUUACAUAAGCAUCAACACAAAACAAAUUAACUUCUCAUAUGCUUAAAAAAAAGCUCUAGAUUGGGAAAGAUGAAAUUAAAAGAGCAAGAUAUUCACUUCUGCA